GGGCGAAGGCUGCCGCUCCUCGCCGGUGCCCGCUGGCGGGCGACGAGGCGGCGAGCGCUGCUUCCAUCAACCUCCUGCUAUUUUUACUCUCUCUGCAGGAGGAUCCGCUGCUGCGCGGAGCUGCAGCCCCCGCCGCACGGCGACGGGCACGGCACGGCGGCGGAGACGGCAUGGCACUGGGCAUGGCACGGCACAGUGAGGGUAUGGCAUAACGUAACGAUUGGCACAGCAUGGCACCCCACGGGCACGGCGAUGGCACGGCGAUAGACGUGGCACAGCCCAGCGGGUGACACACGGUCAAGACCAUGGACCCCAAGGAUCGCAAGAAGAUCCAAUUCUCCGUGCCGGCACCUCCAAGCCAGCUGGACCCUCGCGCCGUUGAGAUGAUCCGCCGGCGGAGACCCACGCCGGCCAUGCUCUUCCAGCUCUCCGAGCACUCCUCCCCAGAGGACGAGUCCCUGCCCUACCAGCGCGGCUCUGGCGAGGGCUGCCUGCUGAAACCAAAGAGGACCAACCCGUGUGCCUACACACCGCCUUCGCUCAAAGCGAUGCAGCGCAUCGUGCAGUCCCACCUGGAGAGUGGCGUGGCCGGCGGUGACAGCUCUGACGGAGAGCCCGAUGACGGGGAGCACGAGCUGACCCGCGACUGUGACCCCGACAGCGCCCUCGAGCCUGCUCCGGGGAGCCAGGCCAGAGCCGAGAGGAGCUUCUUCCCCGCUGGCCCCAAAGCACACAAGCGGAAAGGCGGGCAGAAGGUUUCCUUCGCCGGCGGCAUCGACGAGCGUGGGGAGGACCUGAAGGCGCUGACGGUGUCGGAGAUCCCCGAGGACCCUGAGGGAGCAGAGGGUGACGAAGAGGAGCAGGAGGACAGCGGCACUGGGGAGCGGCGACACGUCGGCUUCGCAGAGGUGCCCUCGCGCCCCAUCGGCACCGAGCGCCACUCGCCCACCUUCCCGCUUGGCACCAGUUAGCCGGCACCGGCACCGGGCACCGGCCACGCCGGCCGCAGCAGCUUCGCCAGCGUCGUCCCCCGAGCCCUUUGCCUGCCCUGCCUGCGCUUCAUCUGCCCCCAUGCCCUGCCAUGCUGUGCCAGGACGUGCCAGGCUAUGCCAUGCCAUGCCAGGCCGUGCCAGGCUGUGCCAUGCCAGGCCAGGCCAGGCCUCUCGCAUGGCCACAGCCGCCCUCACCCCACUUGGGUGCCAGGGCCGGGACCCCCGGGUGCUGGCGGGGUCUGGGGUCCCCCCAGCUCCUGCCCCCCAUUGCGCAGAGCCCCCCGCCCUCAAUAAAUGGCUGU